AUGGUUGAAAGUGAAAAGAGAGAAGCCAUCCUAGUUCUAGGUGGUGCAUUCAAUCCUGUGCAUACCCAACAUAUAGCUCUAUUAGAAGCAGCAAAAACGGAAUUAGAAUCAAAUGGUAAUUUCAAAAUUAUUGGCGCAUAUUUAGCUCCUGCUUCCGAUAAUUAUGUAGCUCAUAAGUUGAAAUCACGAAUACCGUUAGAAAAAACACUUAAACUUGAGCAUCGCCUUCAAUUAGCUAAACUAGCCAUUCAACAUGGUGAAUUUGAAUGGAUAGCAAAAAGUCCAUUUUCAAGCGAAUUAUUGACGAGACAUUAUGGAUCUGCUUAUGAACUCGGAACAAGAUUGCAAAAUAUGUUAACUGAGGACCACAAAGUAGAAAUAUUAAUAAUUGCAGGAGGCGAUCGAAUUGUUAAUAAACAAGGUAUUGCAAAAUGGAGAAAAUCGCCAUCAUCUAUUAACGCAAAAACGGUUUGUAUUCAACGGCAAAAUGACAUAAGGACAACAACAACUGUGAAAACUCUUGUGGAAAUAUGGAAUGAGGAUUUGAAAUUAGGUUUAAUACAAUCGCCCGAUCGUUAUUUGAUUAUAAAUACACCUGUUGCACCAGUUAGUUCGACUUUAGUUCGAUUCUAUAUGAAUAGAUGGCAUGCAUCGACAAAUGAAAGCGAAAAAGAGGAAAUUGAACAUGAAAUUGUCACCGAAAAACGUUUGCUGAACUUCGAUGUAAUGAAAUACCUAAAAGAUCAUGAGAAUGAUCUGUACCUUCCACCAGAAAUAAAAUGA